CCAAAAAUGAUAUCUGGUCAGCAUAAGAGCCCAGCCCAGAACACAUACCUAUCAGAAAAUCAGACAUCUCGGCAGCGACAGCUCAAACCCCGUGUACGUUAAUAUAACAAACAAACCAAUGCAUUUUUAGCGCCUUCAAUAGAGAAUUCCACUCCAUGCAACAAUGGCUGAACUCAAUUCUCGUGGCCCCAACCUUUUACCAUCACAGCUUCUCCUUUGAAUCCCUUAUUUUUAAGCUUCUCUCUUUCCCUCUCCCCAUAUAUCUCCUCUCUCUCUCUCGUAUCCAAACCUCAACACCCCAUAUCUAUGAAAAGCAAACCCAAAACUACAUAAAACAAAUAAAAACCAGAAACCCCCCUAAAAAAAGUUCUCUCUGGUCUCUCCUCCCUCCCUCCACGGUUGUUUGAUCGAUCGGUGCUUGCAUUAUGGGUCGCUAAUGAAAAGAUAGUGAUGAGGAGCAGAUAAAAUCAUCGAUCGAUCUGGCCACAAAAAAUAAAGAAAUGGAGGUGCAGAGGAUGAGACAGUUGAUGUUACUUUGGUCUAGAAUGCAAAGUACCCGUGUAGCCCUCGUGGGUGGAAACCACACAGCCGCCAGGUUUUGUACUCGCUAAUCUGUUUUGACUAUCCCCCUUUUCCUCUGUCUCCCUCUCACUGUACUUUUAUCAAACAUCUUCUCUGCACUGAAAUAAGCACAGCUUUCUUCAAAAAGCGAUCUUUUUUUGCUUCAUUUGAUUCGUGAAUACGCACAAAAACUCUACUUUCACAUGGAAACAACCCACUUCGUUCAAGGGUUUCAAUCCAAUUGCCCCAGGAAGUUCUGCAAACCAUUGUAUUACAGUGGCCUUCAGUUUCUGACUGAUACGUAUUUGAUCAUCAAACUUCCUGAUUCGGGUAUUCUGAGGAUUCUUUCGAGAUCCAUGAUUUUGGCUUUGAUUUUCGUUUCGUUGCCCUGGUUAGGCAGUUCUGCAAUGUUUACGCCAAUUGUUUCUGGUUCUGAAAUUGGCACCGAUUCCAUCAAUGUUGAAUUCUUGCCAUCACUCUUCCAAGAUUUAACAAAGGAAGGCCUUAUUCAAGCAGGAUCAAAAGCUCUUUUCUUAAGCAAUGAGGAUCAACAGAACGAUAUUUACAAUUCUCGGAUGCUCGGUGGACAAGACAUGAUCCACAUGAAUGUUAUCUCUGUUAAUGAUUUGGGGCAACAAAAUGUUGUCCCUGAAGAAUUCUUUGACGCUGUAAUCACAAGCAGCUUCCAUGUUGCCACGGCAUUCAUUGAUCGGACUCUCAAAGUUGGUGGUGUCGCCAUUGUUCAACUAAGCCAAAAUCCAUCAUUGGCAUUCAACAAGCCACCCAAUUACAAGAUUGUCUAUCUUAGACGUUUUGGUUCAGUCAUCUUGGCCAUGAAGAAAACAAGUAAUGCUCAAGCUAGUUCGGCCACACAGAGGCGGCUCCUUGCCCAUUCAUCUGAGGCAAGAAAGGCAGCAUUGAAGAACCUGGAAGACGUGCUCCUCGAACCUCCAAGGGCAGCUUCAGGCAAGUCAAGCAGAUACCUGAAGAAAACGAGGUACCUACCAGACUUAACCGGUGACUCCCUAGAGAACUACCCGCGACGGGUAUUCAUUGAUGUUGGAUUGCCAGCAGAAGAGCGGGGCAGUGGCACUGGAUGGUUUGCUAAGAAUUAUCCGACAAGGAAUCUGGAUUUUGAGAUACAUAAGAUCGAGACGGUGACAGAGGAAUCUUCGGGGAAGGAGGUGCCACAAGUGGCAGAGGUUGGGAUGUCAGACUGGUUGAUAAAGAAUGUGAAGGAAGAAGAUUAUGUGGUGAUGAAGGGAGAAGCAGAAGUAGUAGAGGAGAUGAUGAAGAGCAAGGCAAUAACAUUAGUGGAUGAGCUUUUCAUGGAGUGCAAGCCACAAAGGAAAGCAGGAAGAAAUGGCAGUGGGAGGGCUUAUUGGGAAUGUUUGGCUUUGUAUGGAAAGUUGAGGGAUGAAGGUGUUGCAGUGCACCAAUGGUGGGGUUGAGAGAGAGAGAGAUCAUAAAAAGAAAUUAUGGGGUUAAGAGUCUCUUUAUUGAUCAUUCCAUCAAUACUUUUUUCAAUUUUUUUUUGUGCGUGGUUUUAAUUUCAUUAUGGGGUGUUAUAAAGUCGUACCUUCUGAGUUCAUAAAAGAAGGAGAUUAUGAUGAUUUUUUAUAGAAUGGAUGGGUGUUCCACUUGUU